AUGUUUGACAAGUGUAACGAAAAUAAUCAAGCAGUGCAGUUACAAACAAGUCAACAAUUCUACGAUAUGUACGAUUCAUCGAACAAGAAUAGAAAUAUCGAUACAAAGCACGACAAAACCGACGUCGGUGAGAAGCCCACCCCUGUUCCCCACCACCUGUUCCCAGCCCCUGUUCCACCCCACCACCUGUUCCACCCAGCUCCACCACCACCCACCAGCUCCCACCACCCAGCUCCCAGUUCCACCCCAGCCCUGUUCCCACCUGUUCCCACCCUGUUCCCACCCCACCUGUUCCACCACCUGUUCCCAGCUCCCAGCCUGUUCCCAGCCUGUCUCCCACUCCCACCCCAGCUCCCCCUCACCCCUGUUCCCAGUUCCAGCCCCACCCACCAGCCCACCCCUGUUCCUGUCUCCUCAGCCCACCUGUUCAGCUCCCAGCCUGCACCCCCAGCCCACUGCCCACCUGUUCUCCAGCUCCCCACUCCACCCCAGCCCACUGUUCCCAGCCCCACCCAGCUCCCACCUGUUCCCAGCCCCACUCAGCCUCACCUCAGCUCCAGCCCUGUUCCAGCCUGUUCCUCACCAGCCCCUGUUCCACCCCUGUUCCCACCCCAGCCCACCCACCACCUGUUCCAGCCUCACCACCAGCCCCACUCCCACCCCAGCCUGUUCACUCCCUGUUCCCAGCCUGUUCCCAGCUCCUGUUCGCCCCACUCCCAGCCCAGCCAGCCCUAG